UCUGAGUCUCUAGCGGGCGACUAACCUCCACCGGAGUAAACAGAUUGAGGUCUUAACAAACAAAACCUCCACUACCGGAGUAAAUCCGGUACAAAAUAGUGAGUUGGCUCCUCGACUAAAGUCACCAACUCCCUACCUUCAAUCAAGGAUGCUCUAUCAACCUAGGCAGAUAUUCUCAUUCUAGGUUAAAGCAGAAACAACAGGAAUUUGAUCAGGAUUCAUGCCAUUCAAUCAAUCAAACCUCAAUUGAAUAUAAUCAAAUCAUAGAAUCAGUACUUGGGUUCAUACAAUCAAACCUAACAUACAAAUCUAGGGUUCUCCAUACCCGGAUGAAUGGGAGAACUACUCCAUGGAGAAAGAAGCAAAAGCAGAAUCAGACGCGGAAUUCAUACUGUGAAGGAUGGAUUCCUGCUUCUGGACGUUGAUCGGCACUUCUCCAAGCUCAAACUGGCCUCCAAUGGUGAUGAAGAUCAAGCUAGGGCACUUGGAGACUCUUGUUCGUCGCUUUCUCUCUCUAGGAAUCGCUCUGUCUCUCUAAAACUCGAAUCCACUUCUGUUUUGGCUGAAAUCUGCUUAAAAGGGCAUCAGUGGCCAAAGCACGGUCGAGGGCACGGCCGUGCUUUGCCUCAGCCCGCCCGUGCUUUGGCUAGGGUUAAUUACACGGCCAUUGUGUUGGUGCAAACACGGCCGUGCUUUUAGGAGGACACGACCGUGCUUUGGGUGGACACGGCCGUGCUUUCAGCCCGUGUUUGCAGCUUGAAUUUGCCAAACUCAAUUAGCUCUCGGCAGUAAAAGCACGGCCACAGAACACGACCGUGUUCUGUUUUAGGUGUGCCCGUGUUUUGGCUCCAGCUCGACGAAAUGACUUCCGAAUGCCCCGAAACUCGUGCUUAGCCUUUCCUUUGACGCAUGGGACCUGAAAUAUGACAAAAUAGCACAACCCGGCGUAAAAUAGGCAAAAAACACACGACUAUGCCCCUCAAACGGAUACGAACUAGGGGCGCAAAUAUGUGCAAUUACAUCGCUAUCAAACUCCCCCACACUUAACCGUUUGCUUGUCCCCAAGCAAACCUAACUCAAACCAAUGCAACUCUCCAGACCUCUAUAGCAACAAACAACCCAGAUCGUAGGUAGAGGACUUCCUAGAUCAUUUAGCAACUUACGAGGUCAACCAACGCACAAGUCAUCUCAUAGCCUUCGGCGAGAGCACUAGUAUCGAGUCGGCAUCAUGGCGAAUAGUGAACAGAGGACAAAUGAAUUGUGGAUGAAGAGAUUCUCAAAAACAAAGGAUCAUGGACUCA